CGCAGACCGGGUUUGAACCGAAAGCGGAGUGACCUUCCCGGGCCAGUCGGAGAGAGGAGAGACGGCUUAGUUUGGAGGAGACUGAGGCAGCAGACUGAUGUCAGCACUCCAGUCCACAACUCUUGCUACAGAAAUGAACAACAACCUAGCGGGAGACGAAAUUGGGAAGCUGUUUGUGGGCGGACUGGACUGGAGUACAACUCAAGAGACUUUACGAAACUACUUCUCCCAGUAUGGAGAGGUUGUGGACUGCGUCAUCAUGAAGGACAAAAGCACAAAUCAGUCCAGAGGAUUUGGGUUUGUGAAGUUUAAAGACCCGAACUGUGUUCGCACUGUACUGGACACCAAACCUCAUAACCUUGAUGGUAGAAAUAUUGAUCCCAAGCCGUGCACUCCGAGAGGAAUGCAGCCUGAGAAGACACGAGCAAAGGAUGGCUGGAAAGGAGGUAAAAGUGACAGCAAUAAAUCCAAGAAGAUAUUUGUUGGUGGAAUUCCUCACAACUGCGGUGAACCUGAACUCAGGGACUAUUUUAACAGAUUUGGAGUGGUGACAGAAGUGGUAAUGAUCUAUGAUGCGGAGAAACAGAGACCCCGAGGUUUUGGAUUUAUUACUUUCGAGGCCGAACAAUCAGUGGACCAGGCUGUCAACAUGCAUUUUCACGACAUCAUGGGCAAAAAAGUUGAAGUGAAGAAGGCUGAGCCUCGGGACAGCAAAGCUCCUGGCCCUGGGCAGCUGGGAGCCAAUCAGUGGGGACCCAGAGCCAUCUUAAGUGCAGCCAAUGGCUGGGCUGCACAGCCUGCUCAGAGUUGGCAUCAGACCUACGGGCCUCAGGGUGUUUGGGUGUCCACAGGUCAACCUUUAGGUGGAUACGGUGCUCCUCUGCCAGCAGGCCGAGGAGCUCCUGCUCAGCCUCCCUCCCCUUUCAAUACGUUUCUAGUCGCAGCACCCCCAGCAGGAGGAUUUGGGGCACCUCAGGGAUAUCCCCAGCAGGGCUAUAGCACACCCCCUCAGUUUGGGUACAGUUUUGGCACACCUCAGGGUGACCAAUUCGUACCACAAGGAAUGCCUCCUCCUCCCACAACACCUGGAACAGGACCCCUAGGCUUUGCCCCGGCUACCACCCCAACUCAGGACAUGAGCAAAGCCCCUCCGGCACAGCCAGACUUCUCCUAUAGCCAGUAUGGCUUGGGUAACUAUCCUCAGGACCCCUCUGCCUACGGACCAACGCGUCCUUCUCACAGUUAUGGUCAGGAUGAGCAGGGAUAUAGUGCAGUGGUGCACAUACCAUGUUCACAUGUAUGUAUAUUUUACAUCUCAUAUACACAGUUUUGUUCUCAACAUUGUAUACUAAAUACAGCUACAUGUCUUUUUAGCAGCGUGCAUUCUCUUGGAUACUCUCUUCUCUUGAACAUUCACCUUCCUGUUAUUGGCAAAUUAUGAAAUUGGAAGCAAAUGUAUAUCGAUCAAAUUCUUUCUGAACAUCUUGGAAGGGUUAUAGUAAAUAUUUUGUGGUGUCGUAGCUGUAGUUUACUAUACAGAGAUGGCUUUCUUCAGCUUUUUCAUUCUUUUCUUCGUCUCUGCAUUGCUUUGCUGGCCAAAGGAUGAUCUAAUUAUAACAGAUAGGUUUAAGGUUUAUGUAUUUUCUUUCUGUAUUUUGUGCUUCAUGCAGCAUAUGCAAUUCACUUGCCAGAUGUUUUACAGAAGACUGAAUAAGUUGGAAGCUUAUAAACCAUUCACCUUAUUUGUGGCCAUAUCAAAAAGCUGUUCCUGUCUGUCUGAUCUGUUUUCAUCAACAACAAAAAAAAAAGUAAUGGAAAAUUUAUUGUAAAGAAAAUGUAUUGUCAAAGCAUUUUUAAUGUGUCUUUGAAUAGCUUUUUUUUUUUUUCAUGUGGCUUCUGUUUUAAUCAUAGUGUCUUGGUGAUUUCACAUUUUUGCUCUACAGCUUUUACUACCGAUUGUUAAAAAACUCAGAUGUUGAAAAAGGGACAAACUGUUUCUCUGAAAAUCCCAGUCUCAGGCAUGUUUAUUUGUUCAUUCAUCUUGAACCUCUGUUGUAUGUAU